ACAAGCAUUUUGAUCAGAUAAAUUUGAAUUACGUAACUUCCGUUUAUCUGAGAGAAACUAGAGUUUUAUUUAUAAUUAUCACAUUUUUUAUUUUAUUUAUCGGACGGAAUAUGCUACAAGCAUUAUUCUACAUUUAAAUACUAUAUAAAAAUCAAGAGUGGUAUUUUUAAAAUACAAUACUCAAAAUUUAAACUCUAGUGUCGUCACUUCCGUUAAAGAUGGCUUUCUCUGUCUGUUCCCGUCUAGCCGGUUUACAAAGCGCAUUCGCCGGUAGAGGUGUGAGUUCGCACUUUGUGAAUUUUGCUGGCAUUAACUUGAUCAGAAACUGUUGCAACAAAAUGGGUUUACCAAGGGUUUUCUUCGACAUGACUGCUGAUGGCCAACCUGUUGGAAGGAUUGUUAUGGAGUUAAGAAACGAUGUAGUCCCUAAAACAGCCGAAAACUUCCGUGCCUUGUGUACUGGCGAAAAAGGUUUUGGAUACAAAGGAUCCACCUUCCACCGUGUCAUCCCAAACUUCAUGUGCCAAGGUGGAGAUUUCACCAACCAUAACGGUACCGGAGGCAAAUCAAUUUACGGCAACAAAUUCGCCGACGAAAACUUCACACUAAAACACACAGGUCCCGGAGUAAUGUCCAUGGCUAAUGCCGGACCUGAUACCAACGGCUCCCAGUUCUUUAUCACUACUGUUAAGACAUCUUGGUUGGAUAACAGACAUGUCGUUUUUGGAACAGUAGUCGAAGGUAUGGAUGUUGUCAAGAAAAUUGAAGCUAUGGGCUCUCAAUCUGGUAAAACCUCCAAGAAAAUCACCGUAGCUGACUGUGGUCAAUUGUAAAUUAUGUAAUUUUUUUAAUGUUUCCUAGAAUAAAAUAUCUUAAGUGGUUAUGAAAGUUUUAACAUUCAAAUAUUUCUAGUAGGUAAUUAUUUUACAUCCCCUCGUAAAACAUAAGUUUUACGAGGGAUCCUCCUCCAAUACCAGGUAAUAUUUUUAUAUUUUUUUUAGUUUGACAAGUUAAAAAGCAGCCAAUUAAUUUUUGAAUUGUUGAAUUUAUUCGUUUAUUUGCAGGAACAACUUUUUGGUAUGGAAAAAUGUCUCUCUUUGAGACCAAAUGAAAUUAGUAGAAAUAUCAGAUGCCUUUAAAAAAAUUGUAGUUGCUUUUUGACCUAGGAAAUUAAUUAAAUCAGAUUUGAUGUGAACUUUUAAUAGGGUAUCUCAAAUAUCGACUAUUUUAUCACCGAAAAAUAUUAAUAAAACCCGUAGAGGACAAUUUUUGAAGAAAUACUAGGAUCAUAUGUUCCCAUGUCAUUUGACACAUCGAUAUUCAAGGUGUAGCUAUCGAAAGGCUUUUAUGGCUUAGUAAAUUUCCUUAUUCAAUUAAAAAAAUUAUUUCCUAGUGAAAAUACUCUUACCAUUAACAAUUUUGGUUCUAAAUGUGUUCUGAAAAUAAUUUUUCGAUAAUCCCUCGUAGGGGUAGGAGUUUACAAAUUUAGAUGCACUAAAAUAUAAUAUGAAUAAUUUCUUUCGUGCUUAACUAACUCUCGCAUUUACUAUAACGGUUGUCCUAAUUUCAUAACCAUUUAAGAACAAUAUUUUGGCACUCUUAACAUAGCUUCCUCGUAAAGUUUCCAUGAUUUAUCUAGUAGAAAAUCGUAGUGACUAGAACAAAAUUUUAUAUUGCUGAACAAAGUACCGUAAUUUCCUAAUAAACGCAACAAAUUAUAAAUAAAUAAUGGGUGAGUGAUAAAAAAAAGUAUUCUGAUAGAUCAUCUUAAAGAGUGUCAAUAAAUAGGAUACACCCAAUUUAAAUGCUGUUAACGUUCCCUUGGAAGUAAGUUCAAAUUUUGGUGUACCGUCUUGAAAAAACUAAAUAGAUUAUCAAUGAUCUGAUGAUGAUUUAUUCGUUAAUAAUAAUAAUAAUGCCAUUAGAUUUAGGAUUAUUACUUGUGCAUUUAAAAUAUUUUUAAUUUUUUGGUGUUGAUCAUCGUAAACGUAUAACUGACUUAUUAAAAAAAAUCGCAGUCGGUUUGUAUUAGAGUCUAAAUGUUUUUUACCAGAAAUGUAAGAGGAAUGAAAUAAAUCAUAACCAGC